AUGGUGAUCGUGGGCUUGACAGGUGGUAUUGCCACUGGCAAGAGUUCUGUGUCAGAAAUGCUCCGUAACCAUGGAAUGCAUGUCAUUGAUGCUGAUCUCGUUGCUAGAAAAGGUAACCCUCUGGGCGAACGUCCUGUGACGACAACGGCAAACGUGAAAAAUGGUACGAUCGGAGAGCGCUGA